GAGAGAGAGAGAGAGUCAAUUGCUAAGGGAAAUGUUUCUGUUGAAAGGCUUCCAAAAGAAUACAACUUCUUCCUGCCAUCCUCAAGAGGACCCCAAACCAAGAGAUUGAGUAGAACUUUGUUAGAUGUGCAGAGAACUGUGUGCCAGGAACAGAGGCAUGCAGAGCUAGGGUGCUUACUGUGCCCCCAGGAUGGUGUCACUGGUUUUAUGUCCUGUUUCCUGGUGUUUAGGACAGAGCGCAAGCUGCCCACUGACCUCUCUUUUGGGAUCUGCAACAAGAGGGCCACCAAGAGAGUGUGUGACCAAGCUGAGAAGGAAGUGGCAAGCUGCUUUCUUGCCAGAAAGACACCAGGGCAUGACUGGCAGUGUUGGCGAGCUCCUGCUCUCUGCUCCCACUCAGCUACUGCACCCACCAUGCUUUCGUAAGGAGACCAGAGAAGUUUGGGAAUCCUCAGGGGCAGAAAAUCCCUCCUUUAACACCGUUGAUGUAUCCUUGACAUCCAUCUACAGCUUCACUGAUGACCUAGGCUAUCAAGGCAGCCAGGACCUAACCAGCGAAGAAGAUCCCAGCCUUGAUCGAGCCAAGAGUCAGAAGCGGAAUAAAGUUGCCAUCGUGCGGAUGAGGAGAAAUAAGGUGAGGGAGGCAGAUGAGAAUGACGAUGAUGAGGAGGACGAGGCAGAGCGCUCUCCUGGGGUGAGACGGAAGCGACACUCAUACUCCAAGACCUGCCAACAGAGGCAAAAGGAGCACUUGAGCAUCUUGGAAGGCAGCUUGAGCACGCCCACCUCCAAGACCAAGUCAUCCCGCUGGAGUAUGACCGAGUUCCGUCAAUACUUGUGUAUGUGUUGCCACGAUAAGCAGAAAUCAAUGGAGGAAAACAAGGCAUCGGACUCCAAAGAAAGUAGAGACCCAAAUGAAAAUGAGGAUGGAGUCACAGGUUCCAUUAAUAAGCGAGAGAGGCAACAGGCUCCUGGGGGAACUCCAAGGGAAGGUCUGGACAAAAGCCAGGAGAACGGAGAGUGUAAUCCUUCAGCUUGUAAAUAAAGCAAAUUUUAUUUUUGUGG